AUGCGCCGAUCGGCGACCAUGAACGAGUCAGCGCUUCGGAGGGGCCUCCCCGAGCCGUCACUUGGGAGCGGGCGCACCUCUGGGACCCCCCGCCACCCGAGCCUCAUCCACCCCAUCCUGUCGAAGAGGGUCUGCUUCUACAAGAGCGGCGACGCCCAGUUCAACGGCCUGCGCCUGGUGGUCAACAGUCGCACCUUCAAGACGUUCGACGCGCUGCUGGACAGCCUCUCUAAGAAGGUGCCCCUGCCGUUCGGGGUGAGGAACAUCACCACGCCCCGGGGGGUCCACGCCGUCCGCACCCUGGACGAGCUGGAGGACGGAAAAUCCUACAUCUGCUCCGACACCCGUAAGGUGAAACCCAUCAACCUGGCGGUGGCCCGGAGGAAGCCGGCGCCGUGGUACCACGCCAGGCCCGUCAGCCCCCGCCGGCGGACGGCGCAGCAGGCCAGGGGCGGCCGCAAGCCGGAGGCGGCGUCGGCGCGCGCGCCGAGGGUUCUGACGGUCUUCCGCAACGGCGACCCCGGCGCAAAGCACUCGGUGGUGCUCCACAAGAGGACCACUCCCACUUUUGAAUCCGUCCUGGAACACAUUUCAGAGCUGAUGCAGUUCCACGUGGGGAAGCUGCACGCAGCUGAUGGCCGACGUGUGGACGGCUUUCCAGGCUUGAUUUUGUGUUCUGGGACAGUAGUGGCUGCAGGCAGGGAGCCAUUCAGGCCCGCAAACUACAAUGCACAGAUUUCACCAGCUCAAAGCACGUUGCCCACCAACCGAAUGGGUCCCAGAAGACUCAGGGCUUUAAAACAGAGGUACAUCGUCAAUCGCAUUCAGAGCUCCAUCGCGGGAGGUUCCUGCGACCGGCCCAGCCGCUCCGUCGAGUUGGAGUCGGGGGCCCACGCGCUGGAGUCCGUGGCGGAAACGCCGGACACCGGCCUCUGCGUCGCCGCCGGGGGGAGCGACGGCCGCCGCCUGCCCUCGGAUGACGACAUCGAGAAGUCCUUUCGAGUGAACCAAGACGGCAGCAUGACAGUGGAGAUGAGGGUGCGGCUGACUAUUAAGGAGGAGGAAACCAUUCAUUGGACGACCACUCUGGCACGUUCGAGUGCGGCCAGCCGGCUUGACGCGACCUGUUCACCGGAGACCGGGCCGGAGCAGGAGAUCGAGUCAGUCAAAUCAUACUCGCUGGAUUUAGGAAGUCCCGCCUCCUCCACGGACACCAUCACCAAGGCCAAAACCCAGGACGACGACGACGAGGAUCCGCCGCCGCUGGGGAGCGGCGUUUUCAGCGAGAGCAACAAUGAGGGGGGCGGUAGCAAAGUACGGACGAGCGCGGCGUCCCCGAGGUGCCCCCCCACACCAGGGCGCGAGCACAUUAGAAAAAAGCAAGCCUCCGUGGAGAGCGUCCAAUCAGUGGCGGCUCAGGGCGGCACGGUCGGCUCUUACUCGCACCGAGGGCGGGCACAGAGCGCGGCCGCGCCCAACGUGGUCCAACAGAAGAGCGGCAGACCGGUGCCCAAACCGAGAAGGCAGAGCUCUGCGGAGGCCAACAACGUAAACGGUAGAAACGUGUCCGCCUUCACAUCAGCGGCGACGUCUGAGAUCCAACGGAUUGAACCCAGCGGAGGCGAGGUCUCUGAAACCGUCUCGCGCGCAUUCGAACAGCAGACCCGCCAGGAUCAUUUCUUCGCAAGCCUUUGCUCACAGGACAUGUCUGCCUUCGGGAUUCCUUUUUGCAGGCCGGCCACGUCGGAAACCGGUCAGCUCUCCUCCAGCGAGGAGUUUGAGCCACCGCCCUGGAGACCGUCGACAGCUUCCGAGUCGAUCGGCGUCUGGAGGGCCGAGGGCACGUCAGCAACGUCGGCCUUGAACUCGCCUUCACUGGGGACGGGUGCGAUUCAAGCAGCAGGUGCUCAACAACAACAACAACAAAGAGAGGGCAGCAACAAUAAGCGAGUGUCAUCGAAACCCAAAGUGAUCAACAAACGCGUUCGCCGGCUUAAGUGGCCGGGCAAGAAGCGAAGGGAGAAUUCUGCACCCGAGAAAAAUAGGAAAGUGAACAUUUUCUCCAGCGCUGGGUUCAUUAAGAGAAUUUAUGGGAAUAAAUCAAAAUCAGUAAAAAGCACCAUGAAGCUAAAAAAGGGCCCAGCACCUAAUGGAGACAGGGGCGUUACAACGGGGAGCUCACAACAGUCGGGUGACACGGUAAAACCUAUCCUCAAAGACCUAAACAUACCUUUGGCCUUGAAAGAAACUGCGAGUGAGACCGUUUCUUCGGAAAAAGGGCGACUGAACGUCGCUCCCGCUGAAGUGAGCCGACCGGGGGGAACGCCGGAGUGGCAGACGUCAACGCAUCAGCAGGAGAAGAAAGAAAACGAGAGCUGCGAUGUCAGCGAAAGGAUGUCGCUGCCUGCUUUUAACUCCUCCAGCGCUGUCACUAUUGAAUAUGUGGAAAACUGGCUGGAGAAAGCCUGUCUCAGCCCCUCAGCCCACCCGGAUGAGGAGAGCAAAAUGAUGGAAGCACUUGCUUUUGUACAAACGGAAAACGCCAGGUGUGUGGAGUCUGAAAAGAAGAACGUUUUGACGACUGUGGCAGAUGACGAAAAGUGUUCGGAGGACACGUCGGGAGAGCCGAAUGGUCCGCCGCCUCAAGAUGAGCUGGACGCUUCCGUCAGACAAAGAAUCCGGUCCUUCGAAAGCAAACCGUCAAGUCAAUCGAUGAAGAAAGCCACAGUCAAACAGCAAAUUGUGUACAGUCAGGAAACGGCUACAAACAGAGGAAACUCUCAUGAUUUAGCUUGCAUUGAUACAGAGUUAAAGGAAGUUAAACCUCUUGUCUGUUCUGAAAUAGUUCCGCCAAUUAAUGGCACCUCUGCAGAAAUUCCACCGGGCAGCGGAGUGGACAACGAGAUCCAAAUCUCAUUUAAAAAAGAAGCAGCUUCAAAAGCACGUUCAAAGGAGCUACCGACACCUGUUCCAGAUGUAACAGAUGUACCAGACACGGAACAUUCCAUGAUGGGUGAAUGCUCAGGGGCACCGAGGCCCGGCAGUCAAACGCCACACACACAUCCAUUGUCCGUCAGUCAUAGCUCUGAUGAGGCCGAGUCGCCCGGCGACCACACAGUGGAAAUGACAACAUCCACCCACCCCGACACCUCCACACGCAGCGCCGCGCUAUUACCGAGAACUCCGUCCAUUAAAAGGGCCCCUUUGGUCAGUAACAAGUCUCUGGACAGAAAAAUGUCUCUGAGAAAGGCCUGUCUGGAGAAAUACACGUUAUGCGGCGAUGCCUCUUCAGAGACAAGCACGUCAUCUACUCCCAUCAACUCGGUUGGCGAUAACGUGCUGCCAAGCGGCAUCUGUCCAACGGGGACGCAGCGAGCCAGUGAAGGCCGAGCAGAAGAGACGCAGCAACCACACAGCAUCUCAGAUGUGAAAAGGAGUCUGUCAUGUUGUACUUCUGCAUCCCCGGCUAGUUUAACAUCUGAAGAACGAAUGUCAUCAUUCAGCAUUUCAUCGAGUUUGGCUCCGACACCGACUGAUCUUUCACCUAAAGGCACAAAAACAGAUAAAACACAUUUAUUUUAUCAAAAAGAAGCAAUGUCACCCAAACCCUCGGUGAAAAGUGUCAAACAUAUGGGCAGUCCAUCUCCGGGGGGAAAAUCCCAAACAAAGAAAUCACCUUCUGAACCUCAAAGCUCCCCAAAAUUAUCAUCACUACAUAACCGCUCUCCGGAUACUGGAUUACAAAGACUUGCAACACCAAAUGCCGGCAAUUCCACAGAGCGAAAGCUCAAUAGACCAAAGUCACAUAAGAGGCGAUCUCCAUAUUCUCAGUCUCUUGACAUGGGGUCAUCACCCGUCAGACACAGGGCAGGUGGAAGGAGGCGUCGCAAAACACCACGGACCAUGAACCCUGCAGCCGAGCUGGAAAAAACAGCAACUUGUAGCGCUCUCACUUCACUGGACGUUGAUCCGCGUGUCGAGAGCAAGACGGCGGACGAGGAAUCCGUAACGCAAACAGUAGCACAGCAGCUAGACAUCGUAAAACAGCCAAAUAUGAAACCCGUGCUUGAAAAGAUUUGCUACUCGAUAAAGGCGAUAAGACGAAUCGCACAAAGCAAACGUCCGUCGUGUCUGGAAAAGUCCAACAGCCUGCCUGACUUCUCGUCUCACGUGGCCUCUGCAUUCGGCUCGUCGUCUCAAUCUCUCCUUGCUUUCUUGUCCGUCAUGACCCUGAAGGCAGGGCUAGACGACGUGAACAUGGACAAGCUGGAUGCAAACAACGUGAGCUGCGCCGAAGCCUUGAAAAUGAUCGAUUCGCUCAGAGAAAUUGCCAGUAUCGACGAUUCCCACGAGUUGCAAGCCAGCUUGUCCAGCUUGCAGCGGUCUGCUUCAAAACAGCUCCUUCAAAGUUGGAAGGGCUUCCAGGACCUCAGCGAGAAAUACAGGACGCCGACGCCGAGCGAUUCAGAGGCAGGAGUCGAGGUCGAGGCCGUUUCCGAAAAAGGCUGUCGCAUUGAAGAGAAUGUCGUGGACAGUCUCGACGUACCUGAGAGGCUCAAGGAAGAGUUGAGCUGUCUUUCAAAAGUCAAAGUUUACAGUGAACCGGCAGAAAGAGCAAAAACAAAAAACAACAGUAACGCCGAAAUAUCCAAAUUCUCCACAGAACAUUCCGUCGAUGUCUCCAACGACGUGAAAGCUGAUGUUGAUGUGAGCUCAAUCAUCAAAAAAUUCACAGACAUUAACCAGCCAAAACAUUCCAACGCGGGCAGCAGAACUAAAGACGCUAGAGACCGAGACAGCUUGUGCGAGCGGAGCGUUGCGGACAAAUGUCCCCCAGCUCAACCGACCGAUGAACACACACCAGAAGAGAAGCAGCCCCGCAGCUCGGUGUUCUUUGCAAAAGACCACGAGCGCGAUGGGGUGGGACCGAACCGAGAGCAGGCCCGGAUGAACGGAGCAGUCACCAGCCGCAUCCCGAGGGCCGCUGAAGAUUUAGGGCGGAAGGUGCUCUGUCGGCAGGGUGCAUCCGUCUCGGAAGCAGGUGAGCAACACGGUUCGGGAGACGAGCGAGAAGUUGAAUGUGAGGAGACGCAACGGGGGAACGGCGGGGGUGACGAGGACGAGCAGGCGGCGUCUGAUUAUAAUGCAGAACCGGAUGUGGGGAGGGAGGUUAGAACAUCCAGCCCCCACGGUCGCACGUCUUUGUCGGAGGAAGAGCAGCCAGAGGUUGCAUGUCAGGCAGCCUGUACGGGGUCCAACUCAAGUGUCGACGAAAGCACGUGUGACCCAGAUGUGGACGAUCCAUCUUCAGAGGAAGAGCAGCCAGAGGUUGAAGGUAUGAGACUCAAGGUCAUCAUUGAGGAAGGUGUUUUGGGCAAGAUGGAGCAACCAGAGGUUGAAGACAAACCACUCAACACCUCAAGCUACGAGGACAACGAGUCCUCAGAGCAGGAACGUGUCGACAUCGACGGACACACAAAAAACAGCUGUACGGAAUAUCAAGCAGCUCCUCCACACUUAAGGGACACCCGAUGUGAAAAGGUUGUAGAAAUACUCAAGCAUCAAACGGAGGAAAUAACAUCCCAAUCUGUCGCGGAGAGGGUGAUUCUUCUGGAAAAGCAAGUUGCCCAGAAGACAACAGAGAGUUCUGCCCUCCGACGGUCCACACAGAGAAAGGCUCCUCUCGGGCCGGACGAAGAGGACUCGCCCCCCGAACCGGCCGCACCUCGAUCAGCUCCCCAGUCGUCCCUGUCGUUCAGCUACGACUCCAGCGGCGUCGUGACAUCGGAGCCCGAAGGCCACCGGGUCAGGUCCAUCCGGGAGAUGUUCCUGGCAAAGACUGCCGCGGACGUCCAACACAGGCGUCCCUCGGGCUCGAACGCAUCCGAGGCCAGAGCGGAGACCUCGGUCAGCGGCGGCUACCAGUCCCAGUCGUCCAGCGAGCUGUCCAGCGGCGAAGACGAUUCCGCGCGGAAAUCCAUCACCAAAGGUUUCGUGAGAAGGACCAUCGAGCGGCUUUACGGCAGGAAAGACGCCGGGCCGGACCAGGAGGCGGGCGGGAGGCCGCCAUCCGCGCCGAAACAGAAAAAGAAGGAGCACCCGAGCGCUUUCUCUCCCUUCCACAUGGCGCGGUGCAAAGCCAUGUCCGAGUUCUCUUACUUCAAUUCCACGCACGCCGUGGACCCCUUGGGUGAAGCGACACGCUGCGUCGCUUUCAACGCUGAGCUGAGGCCCGAAGACAGAGUCUCCGCCGAAGGCGAGCGGUGGGUCCUGAGGGAAAACGCCCUGAUCAGAAAGUCCGUGUCAGAGCCGGUCGCAAUAAACAAAGGUUUUGCAAAGUCCCAAGGCGGGGGGAUGCGCGAGGACGCAGAGGAGGACCCCCCCUACUCCCUGUUCAGCACAAGGUCCGAACUGCAGGACAGCCAGUCGUCGCUUUCACGGAAGUGCACCUACUUCUCUGUGCCCCACACGAGCGACUCGGACGCACACCUGGACGAGCCGAGCACGGUCAGCGGGAGCAGCGCCGAGGGCCCGAGCGCCGCCGGAGAGGGGGCGGAGGGGGGGGACUCGGGGGACGCUCCUCUCGCCGCCGCCGCCGAGCCCAAGAGGAAGGGCAACAAAGUGCACCCGGCGACGGAGCCCCCGCCCGACGGCGAGGCGGUGCUGGUGCAGCCGGGGAAGGGCCGAGGCGUCGUGAGCACAAGGGUCGAGGAGCCCGACGUGUUGGACAUGCUUUACAAUUUCUGUGGUCAGAACUGUCCCAUCCUGUGA